CCGCGCGAACUCAUUCGUCUCGCAACCGUCGCUCCGGACGGGCGUGCGCUAACAUUGUGAUAUCGUCUCCCGCGAGACGGCGUGCCUUGUGACCGACUGUGUACGAUCUUCAUAGUGUAAAAAUAAAGCCGACGACAGACGGCGGUGUCGGUGCGAAGUUAUAUUUAAAUGAUAGCACGAACGCAAGGAAGAUCUACCCUCGGACGCUCGCCGACAUGAGACUAAUUCGGGGCAUAAUGUGCGAGUGCGCGGGCGCGGGCGCCUGUCCGGGCGGCGCGGCCCGCGGCACGUGCGUCACGCAGCCCGGCGGCUACUGCUUUGCCACCGUGGAGGAGGUGCUCGACGACUCCGGCCGGCUCGACCUCGAGCGCACCGCCGGCUGCCUACCGCCGGACGAGUCUGGUUUCAUGCAGUGCAAAAGUUCACAAGUACCACACCAGCACCCGAAGGUGAUCGACUGCUGCUCGGAGGCGGACAUGUGCAACACGCGGCUGCAGCCCCAGCUGCCUGAGCCACCGCCCGAUGUGACGGAGACGCCGGGCCUGCGCCCGCCCACGCCCGCCAGCCCAACGCUGCUGGUCGCCAUCGCGCUCUGCGUCGCCCUCCUCGCCUUCAUCGCCGCCUUCUUGCUGCUAUUCCGGCGCCGGCGCCGCGGCUGCAAGCGCCCGCCCUCACCGCCCGCCGUCGCUCACUCCGCCGACAUCUCCUCCGGCUCCGGCUCCGGCCUGCCGCUGCUCGUGCAGCGCACCGUCGCCAAACAGAUACAGAUGGUCGAAUCCAUCGGCAAGGGCCGCUACGGCGAGGUCUGGCUCGCGAGGUGGCGCGGAGAGAAGGUCGCCGUCAAGGUCUUCUUCACCACAGAGGAGGCCUCGUGGUUCCGGGAGACGGAGAUCUACCAGACGGUGCUCAUGAGACACGAGAACAUCCUCGGCUUCAUCGCCGCCGACAUCAAGGGCACCGGCUCCUGGACGCAGAUGCUACUAAUCACCGACUACCACGAGAACGGCUCGCUGCACGACUACUUACAAACGGUCGUCCUCGACACGCACGCCCUACUCACCAUGGCGUACUCGAUCGUCAGCGGGCUGGCGCACCUUCACAUGGACAUAUUCGGCACGAAGGGCAAGCCUGCCAUCGCGCACCGCGACAUAAAGAGCAAGAACAUCCUGGUGAAGCGAAACGGGCAGUGCGCCAUCGCGGACUUCGGGCUGGCGGUGCGGUACGUGGCGGAGCGCAACGAGGUCGACAUCGCGCCCAACACGCGCGUCGGCACGCGCCGCUACAUGGCGCCCGAGGUGCUCGACGAGAAGCUGGACGUGGCCAACUUCGAAGCCUUCAAGAUGGCCGACAUGUACUCGCUGGGACUAGUGCUGUGGGAGAUGUGCCGGCGCUGCGCCACCGGCGACAAGGCACAGAACGUGGACGCGUACGCGCUGCCCUACCACGAGCACGUGCCGCCCGACCCGUCAUUCGAGGACAUGCACGCGGUGGUGGUGGCGCGCGGCGUGCGGCCCAUCAUCCCCGCGCGCUGGCUCGGCUCGGAGCCGCUGGCCGCGCUGGCCGCCGCCAUGGCCGAGUGCUGGCACGCCAACCCGCCAGUGCGGCUCACGGCGCUGCGCGUCAAGAAGACGCUCGCCAAGUUCCACAACGAGCCCGUCGCCAAGCUCGUGUGACGCCGGCCCCCGCGGCCGCCUUCAAGCCGAGUUCCUCGAUACGCACUAUUUAUUCUUUUGCGAGAGUUGAAUCGCGUACAAAAUUGGACCAGCAGCAGCCCGGAGCCCCAACGAUGUGAAAUUCCGUCUGACCACCGCUUUUGUUUAAAUCUCAGUAUUGUUAAGUUUACUCGGCGCAGCGCGAGGCCGCGGCGACGGCCGGCCGCCCCGCGCGCCUCCUUGGUUUUCUCGUUCCGAUAUAUUUGUAUGUAUUUUAUUUUAUCUGUUACGUUAAUUUAGUAGGUUUAAAUAUCUCGUCUUCCGUGUGUGUGUAUGUGUGUGUACGUGUGUGUAUGUGUGCGCCCGCCGCGACUUGUGAUAUGUAUCGACAAUAAGACUUUGCUUACAAAUUUAAUGUACAAAUAAAUUUUGAGUCGCUUCGCAGCGCGGAGAUGUGGCGCUGCGCGGCGUUGCCCGGGGGGGCGGGGGCCGGCGCGCCGCUACCUCGCUACAUUUACUUACAAACAUUUGGCAGCUAUUGUAAUGGAAUAAGUAUUUGUUAUUAAUUUUAUAAAUGUUUGUUUAAACACAUCUGUUUGAGUGUAACUUUUAAUGGUUUUAUACAUUAUUUGGUUGUCUAGACAUAUUUUCUAUGAUUAGGCUUCAUGUCAGUGAGUGAUACUCAUAUUUUUCAUUCAAACUGUCGAUAUAUUUGUUUCGUAAGUUCCUUUAUUUCGUACUACGUUAAAAGAACCAUCGCCUCGACUCUCGACGUUAUUCAUCAGUGAAUUGUACUUAAGUGUGUAAAAAUGUGUCGCGCGGCGUCGCUCGCGGACCCGCUCUUAGCCCCUGCUUACACCAAUAUUAUGAUGGUAUGAAGCUGUAAAAAGUAAUACAAAUAUUUUUAAUUUUGACCAUAGACACUUGCCCCAUGGAGCAGCUAUUUUUAUUAAUGUUUUAUUGUAAGUUGUAAAUAGAUUAUGCAAAUAUGAUUUGCAACAUCUCAAGACUGUUUAUGACGAGCUGCGAAUGUAGGCUCUUAUUGGUUUUGACGAACAUAAAAAAAUCUUCAAAGACUUAUUAUUUGAAAUACAAUGUCCUUUUUCAAGUGCUUUAUAUUCCAUUAUAAAAAAAGUAUGAGUACAGAUUGUUUAUUGUUAAGCUUUAUUUCCACUGACGAAUCAUUGGCAUAAAUUUUUUUAUCAUACAUUCUUUGUAAAGAAAUCAGAGACGAACGCAACGAACCAAUUUGAUCAUAUUAUGAUGUGAAUUUCAGCAGUGUUCUAAGGUUGUUUUUUUUUUACAAAACCUUGUUAUGUGGUGUUUGAGAGCGGGCGUCGCGGCAGCAUUUAGAGGCGGCUGCGCUUGUAUUGUACAUUGUCUUGUAAAUAUAGAGGUUAGUUGUAUGCGUACAGUCGCGCGCAGUCGCACGAGUGUCUUAUAGUGUUAAUGUAUCGCGACUGUGCGCGCGACUGUACGCGAUAAGUUACGGAUUAAAUAAAAUAUUAAUGGACAUAUA